GUGGUGUCGGGCCUCGUCCCGCGUUUUCGGGCGGACUCCGGGCUUCCCGCGGAUGAGGUUACAGGAAAGGGUUAGAGGGCUCCAGCGGGAACAUCUGAACCGAGAGCGGUGAGCAAGGAGAAGGCCACCUGAGGACUUGACCUGGAGAGGUAUCCGGAAAGAAAGACCAGAAAGAGCACGUGAGCUGGAGAUGAAACCCGUGGCUCCGGGUUAGAGGACAGGACAAGGCGUCUCGGGAAUCCAGGGCCAGGAAUUGUAAAAAGGGGAAAGGAUGGCAACUCCAGAGCGCACCACUUUCGGUUAAAUACUUUAAGAUGAGAAAAGUUGAUCUCUGUUUGAGCUCUGAAGGGUCUGAAGUGAUUUUAGCUACAUCAAGCGAUGAAAAACACCCACCUGAAAACCUCAUUGAUGGGAAUCCAGAAACAUUUUGGACCACUACAGGAAUGUUUCCCCAGGAGUUCAUUAUUUGUUUCCACAAACAUGUAAGGAUUGAAAGACUUACAGUUCAAAGUUACUUUGUACGGACCUUGAAGAUUGAAAAGAGCACAUCCAAAGAGCCAGUUGAUUUUGAGCAAUGGAUUGAAAAAGAUUUGGUACACACAGAGGGGCAGCUUCAAAAUGAAGAAAUGGUGGUACGUGAUGGCUCUGCCACUUACUUGAGAUUCAUUAUUAUAUCAGCCUUUGAUCAUUUUGCUUCUGUGCAUAGCAUUUCUGCAGAGGGAAUAGUAAUCUCAAAUCUUUCUUAGUGAUUAUAACAAAAUGCUCUUGCAUGAUUUUUUAAUGAUAUAUUUAUUUAAACAUGAAGUUGUCACUGAUAUACUUUAUUAAAAGGAUUUGUAUCA